UGACAGAGCUCCUCACUCUCUGCCCGCCUGGCUACCCAGGGCCAUGGCUGCUGAGCCACCACCAGCUGUGGCCCAACAGGCACCUGGAGCAGAGCCCACAGAUCAGGGAAGGGCCCAGCUCCCAGGGGGCAGGAGCAAUGAGCAGGAGGAGCCUAACGUCCCAUCCCAGCAGAGAAGAGACCCCAGCCUUGGACAGGAAAGUGGCACGAUCCCUCUGGGCCAGUGUGAUGCUUGCCAGGGCUCAGGUGUGACCUGCCAGGGCCCCUGUGGUCACUCCUUGUGCAGAACAUGUUUUGCAGCAGACAGUGUGCAGCCAGCUUGUUGCAGAUCCUCCUCAGCUGUCCCAAGCUGCAAGAUCUCAGGGACACUGAAGAUCUCCUCCCUGUCUCAGAGCCUGCCUGGAUACUAUCGGGACCCAACACUUCACCUUACUUACAGCAUCCCUGAUGGCGUGCAGGGGGUUGGAGACCCUCGCCCAGGACAGCCUUACAAAGGGGGGACUUUUUGUGCCUUCCUGCCUGAUAACAAGGAAGGGCUGAAGACAGCAAAGCUGCUGAAGAAAGCAUUUGAUUGUGGGCUGACAUUCCAGAUCAAGUCCUUCAAUGGAGAGGAAAGAGUAACAUGGGGCCUUAUUCCCCACAAAACCUCCUGGGAUGGAGGCCGAGCCAGGUAUGGCCCAGCUCAUCCUAAGUUCUGGGUAUGGUUGUGGGUUUUUCAGCAAUUGGAGGAGGAGAACCAUGGCCUCCAGCUCAACAAAUCCUGGCGGGGAUGGCUCUUUCACCCUCCCACAGUGGCAGAGUUGGUGCCUCCCUUUGCUUCAGCUUUCAGGGCAGCUAUGGCAUGGCAGACCAUCCCCGGCACCCUUCAGCUAGAGCAAAAGCCCUUGCCCAUCCCACAACCUUAAGUGGUGUGGAAAUCUGUAAGUUCCUCAUGGACAAGAAUUCUGGGUCCUGUUCACUUACAGCCAUGACAGGGUAUGAGCUGUGCCUGCAGGCAGCAGGACAUCCCAUGAGCAGGACUUCCACUCUCUUCACUCUCUUCCAUUCCUGCUGAAAGGUUGGGGCAGAAAUAAAGGGCUGUGGUUUUGGGACAUCAGCUGGAUUUACAGUGCUUCCCUCUCUGCCCUGCAGGAAUGGCUACCCGGAUUCCCAGUACUUCCGUGAGGUCAGCACAGUUCUGAAUAAACUGGGCCUUGUGUGAUUCUCCCACAGCCACAGCCUGUGGCUUCCCUUUGCCUUCUUUUCCUGCUGAGAAAACUGCAGCUUAACAGAGACAACUCAGGAAGAAGCAGAUGUUUGUCAAAGGAGCUCCUGUGUUCCCCAGGUGGAGCCAGAAAUCUGCACAUUAGCAAAUAGCAGCACCUCCAUCCCUGCCCAUGCAGGCCUCAGUGCUUCACAAAAACCCCAGCUCUUUUGGAUUCAUGUCCUGCCAGCCACUCACAGAGCUGAUCUCAGCUGAUUGCAGGCUGAGCCCCUUGUGGCUUUCAGUAGCAGACACAAACCCGGGCAGGAGUCUGCACCUAGUCAAGCCCAGCUUCUAGAAGUCUCUCCCGCCUCCUGCCACUACAGGCAGGUCCAGCUCAGCUGCUGCCAGAGAUGAACUGUCUUUAGUGUCAGCUCUUGUCACUGACAGCUCAGGGCCGAGCAGACAGCCCCAUGCUCCAGCCCCUCCCCAGCACCUGCUCUGAGGCCAGCAGGUGACCUGGUGCUCUCUUGAGAACAUAACAGCUUUCAGCACCCACAGCAGCUGCCUCCCAGGGACAGUCUCUAUGCUGGCAAAUAAACAGCAUUUAUUCU